AUGUUCUCAGUCGUUAUACCAGGCAGGCCAUGCCUCACCGACAUCACCGCCGUAGAUGCACAGCCCGGGAUCCAGCCCACCAAAUUCGCAUUCACGUUCCCCGCUGCACCCAAAUUCAACCACAUUGUCAUCUUCUUCCUGCCCGGGACCGUGCUACCUCCCGAUACUGCUGCUGCAAUCUAUCUACAGACACCGACAUCAAAGCCAACACCCAAUGGGCCCGAGUUUAGGUUUCUAGGCGCAAUUGGAAAUGAGAAGCCUUCCGCCAUAUUCAAAGUCGGAUCGGGGACGCAACAAGCACAAUCGGGCAUGGAUGAUGAGAUGGUAGAUGAAGGUGCGAAUAUGGUCAGCGGACAAGUCACGCUCGGAAUAUCGAUAGAACCAGCACAGAACGUCGCGGCGCAAAUGGCGGCACUCAAUGCAUCGCGAGAGUCACAGCCAUCCACAGAUCUUGUUCGCUUGCCACCGCAACAGAAACAAAUAACGACCAAACUGUUAGCUCAGCGGGUCAUUGGCAAUGCGUUUAACUUUUUGGCGAGCUUUGCAGAGUCCGAUCCCAACAGAAAAGGAGAAGAUGUCGUUCCUUUGAAGAGUUUUAGGGAUUGGUGGACCAAAUUCGAGCGUCGGAUUGAUAUGGAUCCGUCAUUCUUGGAGCGUGAAGAUCCGAAUCAAUAA